UAGACGUCACUGACGCCUCAGUGUAUUCUGGGAUUUGCACUGAGAUCUUUAAGGAGGAGUCUUUGAUUCAUCAGAGGAAAGUCUUCAGCUUCAUUCAUCUGAGCGUUCAGGAGUUUCUCGCUGCUUUCUAUGCAUUUUACUAUUAUGUAAUGAUACAUAUUGAUACAUUGCAGUUUUGUGAUGUGAUGCACAAUCUGCAUAGAGAUGCAGUAAAUAAGGUCCUUGAGUUUAAAAAUGGUCAUCUGGAUCUGUUCCUGCGGUUCCUGCUGGGCAUCUCACUGGAGUCCAAUCAGAGACUCUUGCAGGAUCUACUGACACACACAGAGAACAGCUCUGAGAGUAUCAGGAGAACCACACAGUACAUUAAAGAGAAGAUCAAAGAUGGACAUGGACUCUCCACUGAAAGAUCCAUCAAUCUGUUCCUCUGUCUGCUGGAAGUGAAAGAUCAGACUCUGCCCAGAGAGAUUCAGGAGUUUGAGAAAUCAGACAAACACUCAGAGAAACUCUCUCCUGCUCACUGCUCAAUAAUCACGUACAUGCUUCAGAUGUCAGAGGAGCCGCUGGAUGAGCUGGACCUCAAGAAAUACAACACAUCAGAUGAGGGGAGAAGAAGACUGAUACCAGCUGUGAUCUACUGCAGAAAAGUGUUUAUUGCUGGCUGUAAUCUCACUGCUCAGUGUUGUAAGAGUUUGUCAUCAGCUCUACAAUCCUCAAACUGUGUCCUGAGAGAGCUUGAUCUGAGUAACAAUGACCUGCAGGAUUCAGGAGUGAAGCUCCUCUCUGAUGCACUGAAGAGUACAAACUGUCAGCUGGAGAAACUGAAGUUGUCUGGCUGUAUGGUGACAGAGGAAGGCUGUGGUUAUUUGUCUUCAGCUCUGAGUUCAAACCCCUCACACCUGAGAGAGCUGGAUCUGAGCUACAAUCAUCCAGGACAAUCAGGAGUCCAGCUGCUCAAACAUAAACUGGAGGAUUCAAACUGCUUACUGCAGAUACUCAAUUUGGACCAUGGAGGACAUUUCAGAAUCAAACCAGGACUGAGAAAAUAUGCCUGUGAUCUCACACUGGAUCCAAACACAGCACACACUCACUCAUCCUGUCUGAAGGGAACAAGAAAACAACAUGUGUGAAAGAUCAUCAGCUGUAUCCUGAUCAUCCAGACAGAUUUGCGCAACAAGAGCAGGUUAUGUGCAGAGAGAGUCUGACUGGACGCUGUUACUGGGAGGUUGAAUGGAGCGGCUCAGGUCAUGUAGCAGUGACAUAUAAAGAAAUCAGCAGGAAAAGUGGGAUUGACUGUUGGUUUGGACUCAAUGAAAAGUCCUGGAGUAUGUAUUGUUCUGAUAUGAAUUAUACUGUCUGGUACAAUAAUAACAGCACUGAUGUAUUUGGCCCUUCAGCUCGCUCUAAUAGAGUAGGAGUGUAUGUAGAUGUGUCGGCCGGCAUUAUUUUCUUUUUGGGUGUCUCUGACACAGACACACUCACACACAUAUACACAUUCAACACCACAUUCACUGAACCCCUCUAUGCUGGAUUUGGGGUUUAUCCUGAAUCUUCAGUGUCUUUGUGUCAGAUUUAACAACUCCUUGUGAAGAACCACAGACACAUACAGAAGCCCAUUUCCAUUCAGUGUGUGAAUUAUACUUUGACUUUCAGGGGGGUUUGUUUUUUCAGUAUAGCAGUUUUGUCCAAUGCACAUGUGUGAACCAAGGUCAUCAAAUUUAAUUUUUUUUUUUUAAUUAUUAUUUUUUUAUAAUAUGCAUGAGUAGUGAAGAUUUGUGUUGUACACCGUAUUAUUGGAAUUAACAAUUUAGGACAACCAAAAAUGUUUUUUUUGUUUGUUUUUUUUAACACACACACACACACACACA